AAAUUUCAAUAUCUUUAUCUCAAAACAUCUGUUCCUGAAUUUUUUAAUCGCUUAUUCAAUCUUUUUUUUUUAUCGCUUCUACAGGAAAUUGAUAAGCGAUCAGUUCAACGCUAUGAAUCUUGUUCAGUCCAAAAGCAAGAACUUGGUUGCUUUCGAGGGACAUUAACUUUUGCAUUGCGAUAUGAUUUUAUUCAUCGGGUUCUUAUGGUUCAUGUUAAUAACAAAUUGUUGGAACCUUAUAUAAAAAUGUAUUUGCUACCUGAAAGGAGAAAUCAUUGCAAGACUAGAAUCUGCAAAAAGACGACUGAGCCAGAAUUUAAUGAAAUGUUUUCUUUCGAUGUGGCCUUUAUCAAUCUUCAAAACAGAAUGCUUCAGUUUACUGUUUAUGCCUUUGAUCGAUUUACUCGACACGAUUUAAUAGGAAAUGUUAUUCUACGAGAUUUAUUCGAUAAAUCCGAUCUUACUGCAUGGACUGAAUAUGUAAUGCAAAUUGUUGGUAAUCAGGGAAAGAAUGAUUAUGGCGAUUUAUUACUGUAUCUUUCAUAUUCUAACAAACUUCAAAAGUUGUAUGUAAAUGUUUCAAAAGCUUAUAAUUUAAGGCCAAUGGAUAUAACUGGAGCUUCAGAUCCUUAUGUGAAAUUAGCACAAGUGUAUUCGAAUAAACGGGUCAAAGCAAAAAAAACUUCAAUAAAACGUGCUAAUUUAAAUCCUGUAUAUCAUGAAAAUUUUGAAUUUGAUUUACCUGUAAGCAGUAUUAAUGACACAAACAUGUUGAUACAAGUUAUGGAUUGGGAUCGGAUUGGCCGAAAUGAUUUACUUGGCUGUUGUAUCAUUGGUCCAUCUAGUCCAACCGCUGAAGGUCGACAACAUUGGGCAGAAUGUUUUCAGAACAGGGAAUUUGAUGAUUUUGAUACAUCGAAAUCGAAAGGCAUAGGAAGAUGGCACACACUUCUCGCGGAAGUCCCGGAAAAUUUUCGUAAUAUAAGGAAAAAAGAAACAAACUUCAAGAUCUGA